GUAAAUCCUGUGAAAUGAUGGCGACUACUUCUACAAUAAAAACCCGAGACGAUGAAACUUUCUACAUCAAACAUACUCUUAAUUAUUGAUCUAACUUUGUGGUUUAUUGCAUCACCUGCAAUAAAUGAGAAAUUCAGUAUGUUGGACAACCUAUCAACAGUUUUACCACAAGACUUGCAGGGCACAGACAUAAUAUUAAAUAUAAUAAGACAGCUAAAGUCCCACAUGUAGGCCCCCACUUUAAUAUCCCAGGUCACUCCCUUAGUUGCACUCUCUUUCAAAGAGUUGCUGUUCAAGACCCAUGCCAAACUUCAUUUGGCUGAAUCUAUUUGGAUGCAUCGUUUGAACUGUGUGGCCAAAAGGACUAAAUGAAUAUGAUCCGAGUGGCAGUUAAACCACUCUCUGCUUGACUGGACUUUUGUUUUAAUCUUAGCUUAUGGGCUCAUACCUCGUUUUAUUGACUGGUUAACUAUACUUAAGGUUUGUUUAGCCAAGCACACUUGUUACACUACACUUUUUAUAUCUGUGAGUUUUCUGUUUCUCCUCAUACUCUUGAAAAUGUCUGUAUUAUACAGACGAAACAACAAGUUUUAACUUUGUGUUGUGUUUUUUUAAUUAUAAAAAUACCUUCACAGACACACUAACCAAUACUUUGUUAUUCAUUCAUACGACUGUUCUCAUUGUGUUGUUACUGUAUGUAAAUCACAGUUAGUUGAUUACCGUAUUUGACCGGGAAUAAGCCCAUGCCUGUGAAUAAGCCCACUCCCAUUUUUUGCAGAUCUAAAGAAUUAGGCCCAUAUCCUUGAAUAAGCCCAUACCCAAAUAUGUAGUAUGUUUGCUAUCAAAAUUCACUGAAAGUUCAAAAGAUCGUUGGGUGACAAACUGGUCCCAAGAUAACAAGUAUUAAAAUGAUUUAAAACAAUGUUGUAGUUUGUGUUGUUUUUAUUUUUUAUAGCUUAAUAAAUACGAUUAUAUUACCAAUAAAGUGCAUACUUUUAGUACUAUGUACCAUCCCCCCACCCCACCCAGCCACAAACACACUACAGUCAUAUGCAGUCAACAAUUUCACAGUCGGCUAUUGUACUUUGAUCAACAAAGCGACCAUUUCGUGAAACCUAAAGUAUGUCUGUUUCACUUGUGUCUUUGAUGAAAGCCGACCUUCCUGGCUUACAGUAAAAAUAGCUACAACAAAAACCUUUCUGAUUGGUUGAUUUGUAAUACUACUUGUGACGUCCCAUGAAGUGACUGUUGUGAGGUAUGGAAGAGGGCGUGAAGACUGCCUUGAUUGACAACCAACUCAUGAUUGGUUGAAUGGUGUGGUAAGCAUUUUAAUUAAUUGACUGUUGUUUUUGUUGUGAAUUCUCAGUUGAGGCGCACUGACUCAUUAAUGAAUAAAAUAAAAGAAAUAAGUGUUUAACACAAACGAUGCAGCCACAUCUGUGUUUUUAUAAUAUCAUUAGGUUUAUUUAGUACUAAUCACACAUCAAACGAAUUGAGAAAAAAUAUUAUGCAUCAAACAAAAUUAAUAGAAAAGGUGAGUAAUAUUGAUAAACAAGCUCGCUUGGGGGUAAUUACUGAGAAAUGCUAUAUAGUGGGUCUUAAAAAUACACAUAGUUUGUUUUCACCAAUAUACACUGAACAUGCCUUUCGUACGCAAACGGUAUACUGUAAAAGAUAAGUUAGAUGUUGUUGGCUGGUUUAGACGUAAUGGCCGAAAUCUGUCCGCGGCUGAAAGAGAAUAUGGCAUUUCAAGAAAACAGGUUCGACUGUGGGACAAAGAUUACGAGAAAUUGCUGAUGUUUUCGAAAGGCAAAGAUAGCGAACGAAAGAAUAUUGGUAGUGGAGCGGAAGCAAUGAACACCGAAAUGGAUCAAGCCGUCUUCGAAUGGUUCAAGGAUGAGCGGGCAGAAGGUAGAUGCGUGUCAAACUACUUUCUGCAAAGCAAGGCCAGAGAAGUUGCCAGUCAGAUUAGAGUACAGAAGUUCCAGGCAUCAAACGGGUGGCUACGUAGGUGGAAGCAGCGAUAUUCGGUGGGAAUCAGACGGGGGACAAACGACGCACAGAAAAUCCCGAGUGAUUACAAGGAGAAAAUGUCAGGUUUUCAUUCAGCAAUCCGGGCUUUAAGACAGAAAUGGGACUACACCGAUUACAACAUAGCGAAUAUGGACCAGACGAUGGUUAGAUUUGACACUGUACCGAAAUACACAAAUGAGGUCAAAGGAGCAAAGACUGUGCGAAUCUCUCACACCGGCGGUGCUAAAAAGGGGUGUACAGUAGCUUUGACGGCGAGUGCAAAUGGGGACAAACGGAAAGCUUUGAUCAUCUUCAAGGAGAAAAAUGGUGUUAUCGGCCCACGAGUGCUACCCACGUUGAAAGUGCCAGACAAUGUAUUGAUUACUGCUACGGAGAACGGUUGGAUGACAACAGUGAAAGUACACCAUUUCAUCCGACAUGUCUGGGGACCAAACGACGACGACACUCGGCGACUUCUCAUAUUGGACGCAUACAAGCCACACACGUGCCAGUCAUCGACAGAUCGUUUUGACGAGUACGAGACCGACAUAGUAACAGUACCAGGAGGCUGCACGGGACUUGUGCAGCCAAUGGAUACUCACGUGAACAAGGUGUUCAAAGAGAGAAUAAAGCAACAGUGGUGCGAGUGGUUCAAGUUGGCAAAGCGGAACUGCAGAGGAAAUUAUGUACAACCGACAAGACAGAACAUUAUAGACUGGAUAAGUGUCGCGUGGGAAGCUGUUGAGGAGGGAACCAUCCGGGGGGCUUUUAAGUCCUGUGGGAUUUCGCUACCAUUGGAUGGAAGCAGAAACUAUCUGCUAAGUUCUCGCUUGGUCGACGAUGUUGGACUGGAAAUCGAGGAAGUGCCACCACACGAAGAGAUCGAAUCUGGAGUUCAUUUCGACGAUGAGGAUGACGACACUGAGGACAUCGAGUUUGUUGGGUGGGACCAGGAUGAACUUGACAUCUGAUUAUGUACUUUCACUUUGUGUGCUGGAUUAUGUGUGUUCAUACGUUGUAAAAUAAAUUAAAAAACGAUAUUCUUUGGAAGUUGAAAUUAAAUUUAUUACCGCUUUUGUUGUUUUAUUUAUUGAUAAUUUCCAGGUUCUUUUACUCAUUAGUGAACAUUGGAAAUUUUUUAACAAAACUGGCCCCAUGUCUGGAAAUAAGCCCACCCCCAACAAAGCUACAAAUGAGUUGUCUUGGCCCCCUGGGCUUAUUCCCGGUCAAAUACGGUAGGUGGUGUAGUUCCAAGUUUAAUAACAUUUUGUAGAGAACGAAGUACCGUUCUCGACUUUCCUGUUAUUUGCUAACCUCCUAGUAACCUGAACAACCGUUCUCAGCUUAUUUUGAUCCCUAGAAAGUAACGCAUUCUGUCUGCAAACACAGAGUGACGUGUUUGAACUUUGAUUGGAUGGUAAACAAGUUGAGGAUGGGGAUGUUGUUUAGAUUGAACGACGUGAUUGGAGGCUCUCUUGGUGUCCAAUCUAAUUAAAAUUAGCUCCACUAUUACAUGUGGAUCUAACACCAGCCAG